AUGGGAGACGCCGCCUCCGCCGCGCAGCCUCCGCCCGCGGCGUCGCCCGCCUUCUCCUACCUGGCCGUGUUCGGCAACUGCCCGCUCAUCGCCGCCGUCCUGGCCUUCGCCAUCGCCCAGUCCAUCAAGGUCUUCACCACAUGGUACAAGGAGAACCGGUGGGACGCGAAGCAGCUGGUGGGGUCCGGGGGGAUGCCGUCUUCGCACUCGGCCACCGUCACCGCGCUCGCAGUCGCCAUCGGCCUACAGGAAGGGUUCAGCAGCUCGCUCUUCGCCACCGCUGCCAUCUUCGCCUCUGUGGUGAUGUAUGAUGCUUUUGGUGUUAGGCUACAUGCAGGGAGGCAAGCAGAGGUCUUGAAUCAAAUUGUAUACGAGCUACCAUCAGAGCAUCCACUUGCUGAAACAAGACCGCUGCGAGAGCUCAUAGGACACACGCCUCCUCAGCCACAUUUACGGGGAUGA